GAACGUGAAGUUGGAACCGAUGCGGAUGAUAUACUACGUGUGUUCUAUGUGGGCAUUGAUAUGCUUGAUGCGUACAUCUUCAGCAUCCGUCAUUAAGGAUUCCGUGAAAUGUACCGAGGGCUUAGUCGCAGCCGACAUCGAUGAUUGUGCCAGCUAUUUUCAGUGCCUCGAUGAUGAAGCAGUGCACAUAAAUUGCCCCAAUGGAAGUUAUUUUGAGGCCAAUAAUGAGGUUUGUGUGGUGGAUGAGUUUGAAAUCUGCCCUACUUCAACAAGAAAAUGUUUUGAGGGAGAUCUUUUCGUAGAUUUCAAUGAUUGCGCUGCAUACAUGAUUUGUUUACGUGGAAAUCUGGUAAAAGAAAAGUGUCCUCUUGGAAGUUAUUUUAAUAUUAUAUCAAAAAGCUGCCGCCUGGAUAGAAGAGCAGUGUGCACUCCCCAAAGAGAAAUAUGUAAGGAAGGAGAAAGAACAGAGGACUCCAAGGACUGCGCCGGCUAUCUUGAGUGUGCAAGAGGCGCCCUUGUAAAGAAAAAGUGUCCCAGUGGAAGCUACUUUGAAGCCAUUUUCAAACUCUGCCAAGUGGAUGAGAAAGGCGUCUGUUCGACUUCCUCGAAUCAUUGCAGUGAAGGAGAGGUUCAAGUAGCUCCUAAUAACUGCGCUGGUUAUCUUACCUGUCAAAACGGAAAACUGGAAACUAAAAGUUGUCCCAAUGGUAGUUAUUUUGAAUCCACUUUGAAAAGCUGUGUUGUCGAUGGGAAUGGCGUUUGUGUUGGGGCACCGGUAAGAUGCACAGAAGAACAGGUUUAUUUGGAUCCCAAAAACUGUGCAGGAUACCUUAAGUGCAUCGGUGGUGAACUCGUGGAGGAGCAGUGUCCCAGUGGCACUUAUUAUGAUUUCAAACUGGAAGCAUGUUUGCCCGACAGUGAUGGUGCUUGUGUCACUAACAUCAAACUUUGUUUUGAAGGAUUUCGAGAAAAAGAUCCCCGGGAUCGCUCUGGGUACACGCAAUGCAUACGAGGUAAGGUUGAAUAUAUGAAGUGCGAUCCUGGGAGAUACUUCAAUGUGACUCAACAAGAUUGCCUCAUUGAUGCUGGUGAAGUGUGUAGGAAGUCGGAAGCGGUACAACACAAGAUUGAAGUACAACAUGAAUAUAAGGAGAGUUCUGUUGGUGAUUUCCAUCAGAAUACCGGAAGUACAAUUUCCGAUUUCCAUCAGAACUCUGAGAGUACUGUGACCGAACCAAAUCAAUACACGGAAAGUUCUGUUUCAGAUUUACAUCAAUAUUCGGAGAGUACUGUUGCUGAAUUGAGUCAAUACACUAAAAACACUGUUGCAGAUCAGGAUCAAUAUACAGAGAGUACUGUGGCUGAAAUAACUCAAUACACGGAAAGUUCUAUUAAGGAUUUGCUAAAAUUCACGGAGAGUACUGUUGCAGACCUAAGUCAAUACACUGAAAGCAUUGUUGCAGAUCAGGAUGAAUAUACGGAGAGUAUUGUUACCGAGUUAACUCAAUUCACCGAAAGCACUACUGCAGAUUUAUAUCAAUUUACCGAGAGCACUGUUGCUGAAUUGAGUCAAUAUACUGAAAGCACUGUUUUAGAUCUUUUCCAAUAUACGGAGAGUACUGUUGCGGAUUUAAGUCAAUACACUGAAAACAUUGGGGCAGAUUUGCAUCAAUAUACAGAGAGCACUGUUGCUGAAUCGAAUCAAUACACUGAAAGCACUGUUGCACAUCCGGAUCAAUAUACGGAAAGUACUGUUGCUGAAUUCAAUAAAUUCACCGAAAGCACUACUGCAGAUUUAUAUCAAUAUACGGAGAGCACUGUGGCUGAAUUGAGUCCAUACACUGAAAGCACUGUUGUAGAUCUUUUUCGAUAUACGGAGAGUACUGUUGCAGAAUUAAGUCAAUACACUGAAAGCAUUGGUCCAGAUUUGCUUCAAUAUACGGAGAGCACUGUUGCUGAAUCGAGUCUAUAUACUGAAAGCACUGUUGUAGAUCUUUUCCAAUAUACGGAGAGUACUGUUGCGGAUUUAAGUCAAUUCACCGAAAGCACUACUGCAGAUUUAUAUCAAUAUACCGAGAGCACUUUUGCUGCAUUAAGUCAAUACACCGAAAGCAUUUUUGCAGAUUUGUAUCAAUAUACGGAGAGCACUGUUGCUGAAUCAAGUCAAUACACUGAAAGCACUGUUGCAGAUCAGGAUCAAUAUACGGACAGUACUGUUGCUGAAUUCAAUCAAUUCACCGAUAGCACUACUGCAGAUUUGUAUCAAUAUACGGAGAGCACUGUUGCUAAACUAGAACAAUCCACCGAAAGCACUGAUUUACAUCAAUUUACGGAUGGUAUUGUUCCUAAAUUAAAUCAAUACACGGAUAUUAUAAAAUAUGCGCAGAGUACUGUCGGCCAUUUGCCGACAACUGUUCCUUUUCUGCAGCUGCCCACUUUCGACCCACUUGCAAAGUGCACAGAAGGACAGCAGAAAUUGGAUCCCAAUAACUGUGCAGGUUACCUUAAAUGCAUAAAUGGAACACUAAAGGAGCAAUUGUGUCCUAGUGGCUUUUACUUCGAUUCCAAUUUGAAAGCCUGUUUUGUGGAUAGUAGUGCUAUGUGUAUCACUAAUAUUAAAUUUUGUAUUGAAGGAGUUCGCGAACAAGAUCCACAGGACUGCGCUGGAUACAGACAGUGCAUUGAAAGUCAGGUUCAAAGUCGCAGAUGUCCCAGCGGAAGUUACUUCAAUGUGGCCGAGAGGGAUUGCCUUGUUGAUGAAUAUAAAGUGUGUGUCAAGACAGAAGAGAACAGUUUUACCGAUUUGCAAUCUAGUGAUUCUGAUCAGCAGAUAUUCCUAUCCGAUAAAACCUGCGUAUUGGACGUCAAUGGAUUGUGCAUUGAGUCACUUCCAAAAUGCCGAGAAGGACAGCUAAAACUAAACCCCAAUAAUUGUGCAGGGUACAUGAAAUGCAUAGAUGGAGUACUAAAGGAAAGACUGUGUCCCAGUGGUGCCUACUACGAGCCCCAACUGAAGGCCUGUUUGGUGGAUAGGAGGGGUAUUUGUGUCACUAAUAUCGAAGAUUGUGUGGAAGGACUUCGCGAAGAAGAUCCCCAGGAUUGUGCUGGCUACAGACAAUGCAUUCGAGGUGAGGUCCAAAACUUGAAGUGUCCUUCUGGAAGUUAUUUUAGCGUGCCCCAAAGAGAUUGCAUUGUUGACGUUUAUGAAGUGUGCGUAAAUACAGGAUUGAAAUACUACGAGUAUUACUCUCAACAUAAGUAAAGUCGACUUUCAAUCUAGCAAUAAUGUUCUGGAAUUGCUCCUAGGUGAUAAGAUGACAACUAGUAAACCUGAAAGCAAAACCCUUGGAAAAGAAG